AUGGGUAUCAAAGGCCUUACCAGUCUGCUCGUGGAGCAUGCUCCUAAAGCCAUCCAAGAGCAUGACAUUAAGACCCUAUUUGGCCGCAAAGUCGCCAUUGACGCGUCGAUGUCCAUUUACCAAUUUCUGAUCGCGCCGCCUGUGCUCACUCUGAAUGGUUACAGCCACCUCAUGGGCUUCUUCUAUCGUACCAUACGGAUGGUUGAGAAUGGUAUUAAGCCGCUGUACGUCUUCGAUGGGAAGCCUCCUGAAAUGAAAGCUGGUGUGCUAUCUAAGCGUCUGGCACGUAGGGAAGAAGCUAAGGAAGAAGGGGAGGAAGCCAAGGAAACGGGUACAACAGAAGACGUGGAUCGUUUCUCAAGGCGUACCGUGAAAGUCACUCGGGAGCAUAACGAGGAGUGUAGGAGAUUGCUCGGUUUGAUGGGCAUUCCGUUCGUUGUGGCUCCAUCUGAAGCUGAAGCACAGUGUGCAGAGCUCGCACGAGGUGGAAAGGUAUAUGCUGCUGGGUCAGAAGACAUGGAUACCCUCACAUUUUCCGCACCUGUAUUAUAUCGCCAUCUUACUUUUUCUGAAGCCAGAAAACAGCCUAUUAGCGAGAUCCACCUUGACAAGGCGCUUGAGGGUCUCGAGAUGAAUAUGUCACAGUUCAUCGAUCUAUGUAUUCUUCUCGGCUGUGAUUAUCUUGAGCCAAUAAAAGGUAUAGGGCCCAAAUCUGCCCUCAAACUAGUCAGAGAACACGGUAAUCUCGGUGCUGUCAUUGAGCACUUGCAAGAAAAAUUGGCAGCUAAGGAAGAGGCUAAAGAGGACGGGAAGAAGAAAAAGGGCGGGAUUUCCAUACCAGAGGAGUGGCCAUGGGAGGAGGCCAAGAAAGUCUUCGAGAAGCCUGAUGUUACACCAGCGGACCAGAUUGAUAUUGAAUGGAAGUCGCCGGAUGCUGACGGCCUUGUGCAAUUCCUGGUGACUGAGAAAGGUUUCAAUGAGGAGCGUGUCCGAAAGGGUGCUGAAAAGCUAGCCAAAUUCCUCAACGCGAAGCAACAGGGCCGCCUGGAUGGCUUUUUCGCAGCGAAGCCCAAACCAUCUCAGGACCGAACAGACGAUGAGGACAAAGGAAAGGGGAAAGGGAGGGGGAAGGGAACAAAACGCAAGAACGAGGACAAAGAUAAAGGCUCAGAGAAGGGCAAGAAAGCGAAAACCAAAAAGUAG